GUCAUUAAGUUUACUUCGGGCCUUGACAGGUAGCUAUUCACUGAAUUGUUCGUCGCAAUUAAGUUAAAGACUUACUAACUGUUCUAUAUAGCUAUUCGCUAUCACUUCAAAUCGUUAAUUGAGUCUGGUAGUACAUGGAAUUAACUUAACAAAUUAACAAGUCACUUGAUUUACAAGAUGUUAACUCAGUGAUGAAUUGUAUUUGAUUUCAAAUAAAGUUUUUUUUUUUCCGGUGAACCAAAUAGAAAAUAUCACAAUCGAAACAAUCAGAACGGACUCUCUCGUUAUUUAUUUCACAAAAAAAAAACAUUAUAAGGAAUAUUGUACUAUAUGCCUUCUCAUUUGAAUUCAUUUCACCAGUUUAUAGUUUUAUAAUAAUUAAAAGAGAAAGCAUGAAUGUGUCAUUGACCUGGUAGUUUCUCAAAUGUAGCCUAUGUUACACGAUGAAAUUGUACACAUGGUAACAACUUUACAGUUAAACUUUAUGAGCUUUGUUGAAUUUUUACCUGAAAGUAUAAACCAUGCCCCCUUUUCAUGUUAGUUCAGUUGCAUGUAUUAACGGUCUAUAAUUUAAAACUAUGGUCACUCCAAUAAAUAUGUUACACAAUGGAUAUGCCGUGUAAAUGCAAAGAAAACAGUUUUAAUUUCAGUAUGCCUGUGUAAGUGUAUAGUAUUUUAAUAUUUUAAUUAUGUAUACUGUAGUAUUAUAAAGCAUAAACCACGCCCAUUUCUGAUAUAUUCAGUUUCUGUUUACUGUUAUUUUAAUGGUCUCUUCAAGUAUUACACAGUUUAAGGGACUCCCUUUUGUAGGAGUAACGCCCGGGGCAGCUUUAUUCACUAAAAACUUUAAAAGGGAGAUUUCUGUUAAACAACAUUGGUUUCGUACUGAGUACGUAUUAGCUGGCUAUUCAAACAAAAGGAUCGUGGAGGGACCAACACCACUUGUAUGUGAGAUCUUCUCUGUAUGAUACCAUUCGUUGACAAGACACUGUGAAAUGGCUAGCUGCUAUUACAGCCCUUAUCAGACCACUUCAGAACCGGCUUCGGACCUCUGGAAAAGCCCAUCAACGACAGAGUUCGGGCUAGGUUUAAAGGGUAGAGGAGAGCUUGAUUAUAAUGUCCAUUUUCCAUGUAGUUCAUAUCAACAAACGUAUACAGAUUUCUACCAUUACACGGACUUACAAUCAGAAUGUCCAUCGACAACGCUGUUUUAUUCUGACGGUGCAAUAGGCGAUACAAACAGAAGUCUCCGUUCAAAUAGUCAUCACCGCUACUAUCAACUUAACUCGGAGACAUACUCAAAACCAACGCAUAGUGCUUCUCAAACAACAUUUCCUCAUUAUUUAAAUCAUCAUGUUUGGCGUUCACCCGAUACCGGUAAACAACCAUCGCUCCUAGAGCCAAGCCAAAGCUCGUACUCCUCGUACCAAUGUGCAGAGAAGAACAAUAACUGCUAUAGAUCAUGUCAGAUAGAUAAUGAUUUCUACCGACCAGUAGAAUGUAGCAAGGUUGCGGCCGUGUAUAUUUCCAAUAGUCUCGACUAUAAUCCGGUUGGUUAUUGUCGGCUUCGUGAUGAAGGUUUCUCCACGAGUUCCAACCAAUCGAAUGCUGGUACCACUUCGAAUUCUUGUGAUUUACAAAUAAAAAGUGACGUCACAACUGGCAACACACUAACGGACGAAGCGUUUGAAAAUGAACACUUUUCGAUGAAAAGUGUGAAGACGGAAAAUAAGAAAUCAGGUAACAACGUUUGCAGAUUAUGUAAGAAGUCGUACGCACGUCCAAGUACCUUAAAGACACACAUGCGCGUGCACUCGGGGGAGAAACCCUACAAAUGUUCCCGCUGCAAGAAAUCCUUCUCACAGACUGCCAAUCUGACAGCUCAUAUGAGGGUGCAUUCGGGAGAUAGGCCCUUUAGUUGUUUUGUAUGUCAUCGAAAGUUUUCACAGAGCUCGUCGGUGACAACCCAUAUGCGCAUUCAUUCCGGAGAGCGUCCCUAUCGAUGCAGUUUUUGUCGAAAAGCUUUUGCCGACAGCUCUACUUUGACAAAACAUUUACGAGUUCAUAGCGGGGAGAAGCCGUAUCGUUGUAAUACAUGUCAUCUCAGAUUUUCACAGUCGGGCAACUUAACAAGACACAUGCGUGUACAUGGACAAAAUUAAAAAUAUAUGCCUACCGGUACUACCUGUCCUAUAAGUCAAUGUUAUUACCUUUCAAAUGAAAGUAAAAGAACAUGAAAUUAAUUUUCUUUGCCGAUGGUGGUUCACACGAGACCAAUUUAUACGCGCGCGUUGACGCGCAACAGCGCGUAUAAUUUGCUCUAUCCAGUGUGGACCAGGCUUAACAGACGCAGAAUAUUGCAGUUUCUUUACUAUUUUAAAUAUCAGUUAAGUGACAGGUGACAUACAGUGGUGGCUCCAGAUGCCGACAAGGGGUCUGACAUGUCCGACAGUGGGUUCCGAACCAAGGGGGCCGGCUAGAUCAGUGUCGCGGAAUAAAAAUUCCUGGUAGGGCUCAUAUAAGGGAGAGUUUUCAUGCCUUAGAGAAUGGCCAAAAGUUGGCAGAUUAAUAUUUAUGGUCCGACGACCUCGACAGCGGGGGGGGGGGGGGGGGGGGCCAAGGGUUCCAAUCCUGUCAGACGGUGCCACCACUGAGGAUAUAAUCACAUUAAGAAUUGUUGUGGUAAAAGUUUUAUAAAUCAGCGAAAAUUUAUUUUCUUUUUAAUUUGGGUCUUAUUUGAAUUUGAAAAUUUCUUUGUUGCUAGUAAACUGAGCAAUAAUUAUGAGCAAUAAGCAAUAAAAUAAUUAUUUUAUAAUCUGUUUUUAAAGAAUUUCACAACAGGUAAUAUAUCAAUAUAAUUAUUGUUAGAUAAAGACCUGUUAUAAUAGUUAUAAUACUUAUAAUUUUGUAUUCAUGGUUGAACUGUGUUAAAACUGAGUGCGGGCACGUUUAAUAUAUUGUAUUUAUCUUCGUGUUCAGAAAUGUAAUAUAUUUAUAGCAUGAUUAUAUCCGUACUAUUUUUUUUCCAGAAAAACGAAUGUUCUAAAAUUAUAUUUAUUGUAAAUAAUAUCGAAUGCAAACUAUGACAGUUUUAAAACAUCAACUAUUUAUAACGUUUAUCGAGAAUCUUAUACUCGGAUUUGAUACUACAUCUUCGGCUUGAUUUUUAAGUAGGUCAACACAAAAUCUAUGUCACGUUUACAAAGAUAUCAUAAUGUUUCAGUUUUUGUUGUAACAUUAUACCCAUGUACUUUACUGAUAAUGUAAGUUUAGCUUUUUAACAUUAACUUUAAUCAAUAAAUUAGUUUAUUACAGUUGUUAUGAAAACAUGAAACUUCUUCAGUUUCGUCUUGUUGAUCAUUCGUAAGUGUAUCUGUGUCAAAUUUCUUGUCAAAUGUAUUAUUCGCAUUAAUUUCACAAUAACCAUCGACAUCAUGCAUUCACUUCAAGAAGUUUAUUUGUUAUCUAUUUAUUCAUCUAUUAUUAUUAAUAUCAUAAAUCCAUUCACAUCCACCAACAUAUAUUG